UUUUUAUGUAGUCAGAAACCGAGGUUGUUAGUGUAAAGGUUCCCUACGCAAGUAGUAGAAAAUAAACAUUUAUUCUGUGUGAUCAGACAGUGCAAGUAGUACAAGACAGUUGUAUCCAUGAGAGUGGCAAAAUGGUAAAUACUCCGAAGGCCUUGCUAUUGGUGGUACUGGCUGUCCUGGCCUAUCCGAACGAUAUUUUUGGUGGCGCUUAUCAACCGGAGUUUUCUGGUCCUAUUAAAAAUUUAACGAUACCACUUGGAAGGGACGCGACCUUCACGUGCCUGGUCAAAAAUUUAGGAGGAUACAGGGUAGGCUGGGUGAAGGCCGACACUAAAGCGAUACAGGCUAUUCACGAGCACGUAAUAACACACAACAAGAGGGUAUCGGUAUCUCAUAGCGAUCAUACCACGUGGAAUCUUAAUAUUAAGGGUGUCCAAGUGGAAGACGGGGGUUUAUAUAUGUGUCAGAUUAAUACGGAUCCCAUGAAGAGCCAGACAGGUAUGUUGUCUAUCGUGGUACCACCGGACUUUGUAUCAGAAGAUACAUCCAGUGACGUUAAUGUUGGAGAAGGUGGUCAGGUGAAGUUAACGUGCCGUGCAAGAGGCGUACCCCCGCCCCGCGUUCACUGGCGUAGAGAAGACAGCAAGGGUAUUAUAAUUCGGGAGCCAGCAGGAAGUGCUUUGAACCAGAAGUCUCACGUUUGUGACGAAAUUCCCGGGGAGGAAUUAAAAUUAACAAAAAUUUCUAGGACCGAAAUGGGCGUUUAUUUGUGUAUCGCCAGUAACGGAGUACCACCGACGAUUAGCAAAAGAAUUUCUAUAAACGUUCAUUUUCCUCCUGCUAUUCAUGUACCUAAUCAACUUGUUGGAGCACCUUUAGGUACAGACGUGGUCUUGGAAUGUUACGUCGAAGCAUCUCCAAUGUCAAUUAAUUAUUGGGUAAAGGAAGGAACGAUGUUAAUAACCAGUACGCAACACGUAGUCGAGAUGUACGAAAAGUCACCGUUCGAAGUACGUAUGACCCUGUUGAUAAAGAAUCUUCAAAAGGACAACGUUGGAACAUAUCACUGUGCAGCGAAAAAUUCUCUCGGCGAGGUUGACAGCACGAUUCGUUUGUACGAAAUACCAGGACCAGCUAAAACGGAACUGGCUACAUGGUCUUCCAUAUACGACGAUGAUAAUAAUAAUCAUAGGAUCCUUUAUGGUCAAGGGGAGAUGGAUAAAACGGAAAACAAUUCUGCUCAUAUGGAAAUUUCUCUUUUUCAUGGUUCGAACCAUCAUGCACGACUACCACCGACUUUGGCUACGGAGUUACCUACCUCCAUCAAAAUUGGCAAAAAUCGGCCAACCGUAAAUAACAAAUGUGCUCGGAUCUGGCUUCGACGAAAGAUGAUAUUGAGUUUUCUGCGAGAAAGAUGUUGGAUAGCUAGUUUCUCUGAAAGAGUAAUCAAAGACUGAAGAAGAAAGAAGAAAAAGAAGAUCUAUUUAAUUGUCACUCGCAAACACUUUAACCGGUUGACGAUACUUUUUUAAGUACGUUGUUUUCAAAAGAAAAUUUAAACAACAAUUUUAACAAAAUAAUAAUCAUUUUCCAACGUACAUCAUUCCAUCCUCUUGGUUCUUGUUUUUUUCUUCUUCCUCGUGCAAUUUCUUUUCUUUUUUUUUUAUACAUUGAUAAAAGUCAUUCCAACAAAAAGUGACGUGUAGUUUCUAAGGGAAAGAAACAAAAAAGAAAUGAUUUAAAAAAAUUAACAUGUAAACUGACACGAUUUUUAAAUAUGUUUCUUUUUCCUAUAAGUAAUUGAAACUGAAAGAAUUAGAUGUGAAAGUUACACGUCAAACCUGUGUACUACCUGUACACACGUUGGUUUUUUGUUAUCGUUGUUGUUGUUGUUACGUGUUAGGGAGUGAAGUUAGUUGAUUUGUAACGAGAGAUAAAAGAGUAACAGAAAAAAAAAGGAAAAAGAAAGAGAGAUUGGGGGAGGAAAAGAAGGGAAAGGAAGAAAGGAAAAAAAUAGUAUCAUCAUCGUCGUCACCGGUUAAAGGUGAAAAGGGAAAAGAGAGGGUGGCUGUGAGUAAAGCGUCGAAGUGGACGCCAUAAUAUGUCAGGGUAACUUUAGGAUAAACUUUAGUACUUUCGAGCUACUUCCAACGAAUGGUGUCUCAUUCUGAGCGUAGAUAGUUUUUAACGUUCUCCUUUCUAAGUUUUAUCGAGGAAAAAUAAAACAAAAUAAUGUAACUAUCAUCCCCCUGCCCCUGCCCCUGCCCCUGCCCCUGCCCCUGCACCCUGCCUCCUAUAAAAAAAAGGAGAAGAAGAGGAGAUAGAAAGAAAGAUAAACAUUGAACGAAGAAAAAAAAUUAAUUCAAAAAGUGCAACAAGAUAUAUAAUAAUAUGAUGUAUUAAAUUUGUGUUACUAAAUGUAGCGCCACAUAUCGAGACAACGAAAAAUAUCACCACGUCCCUCCCCCCUUAGGAGAAAAAAUGGGGAGAAAAGAAAUAACAAUGAACGACAAAAUUAAUUCACGUGCACAACAAGAUAUAAUUUAUCGAAAAUAUUUCUUUUUUAUUUUAUUUUAAAUUAUUUAUGUCUUUCUUUUUUUUUCUUUUUGUUUUUUUAUCUAAUUGUAAUAGUAGCCACUUCUAGGUCAAAGGUUAUCGGCAAAAAAAAAAGAAAAAUAUCUUUGUAUAUCUCUCGGGGUUAUGUACAUAAUAAUUAUGAUUUUUAACGACGACAAAUUUCUAUAUUUCUCGACGCUUACAUUCCAACAAAUUCCCAGACCCCUUCUACUCGAAAACAACCCAAAAAAAAAAAAAAA